GGCAACUGAACUUCUCGUCGGGAGGGCAGGCAGGCAAGCUGAGCAUGGACGAGCUCCGCCCGAAUCUGGUAGGCGGGCUAUUGGGCCUGCAGCAGGGGCUGCUCGAGGAUCAUGCCAGCAUGCAGCACGGAGGCGUCCAGGACUCCAAGUUCAUGUCGUUCCAGGAUCAGCGACUGAUGGGCAUCGGCGGCUCCCACGAAAACCGUCUGCUCAGCCUCGCCACGUCCGUGCAGGACACGCGAUCGCCCAUCACCACGCUGGACAAGUCGUCCACGUCGUCGCUAAACCACCAACGCAAAUGCAGCAGCACGCCAGAGGACUUCAGUGCGCUGUACUCAGGCCUGCCCACACCUGGAAUGGACUCAUCCUCGCACCAUCACACUCCGGCCCACACGCCACCCUCACGGCUCUCCGACCACACAAUAUCUGGUGAGUGUCCCUCGGAAGGUGCAUUCAAGAAGCUUAAGCCGGAACCCAACAGCGGCCUCUCGACAGUUUCCGCCGGCAUCACGUCGCCCGGAAGCGGAUUAUCAACGCUGAGUCAGCACGCUGGCCACACCCCAACCACAGCAUCCUGCCCUACGCCAGCCAGGCGGAGACAUCGAACCACAUUCACACAGGAACAAUUAGCGGAACUGGAAGCUGCAUUCGCCAAAUCGCAUUAUCCGGACAUUUACUGUCGCGAGGAGCUCGCGCGCACAACAAAGCUGAACGAGGCACGGAUUCAAGUUUGGUUUCAGAAUCGACGCGCCAAGUAUCGCAAGCAGGAGAAACAGCUCCAGAAGGCGCUGGCACCGUCUGUAAUCCCAUCUUGCAACGGAAUGAUGCGAAAUAUUCAGGGCUACAGUGUGUCGCGUGGGUACCAGCCAUAUCCCCAUCACAAUACCAUGAAUCGGUAUCCCCAGGAUCUUUUCCAAAUGGGCGCCUCUUCGUAUCCGGGCAUGACGCAACCAUUUUCAAUGGCGCAUAGCACAAACAUGGGGUCUGUUGGCGUGCGUCAGGACUCGAUGGGCAUGUCCCCGGAAGAUGAGUGGUACAACAAGAGUCUAUCCGCCCUACGGAUGAACUCGUCGCAUCAUCCGAACCUAUCGGCACCAAUGCUCCAAUACCAGACAUAAUCAAAAACCUUUGACGACUUCUUUUAAAAGAUCGCUCCACAGCCGCCCAGUCGCGGGCGGUUGAUGUGCGGUGUUUUAAGGGCGAGUACGUCAAAUGGUGUCCCGCAACACACGCAU